GUCUGACGUCAUCGUCGCAAUUUGACAUUGCUCUAUGACGGCCUGUUUCCAAACAAACCAUUAUUGGUGUGUAUUCUGGCGUAAGGUGAUCCGUUUUGCAUUAUAAAAAGAUAAGCAGGAAUAAGUUAAAUAUUUUGCAAGUUUUUUGUGAAUCUCCUUUGAAGGAACUUCAAAUUGAAUACAAUUUCUUUGAAGUUCUGGUACAUAUUUCUGCAAUAAUUCAAACGAAAAAGAUUUGAAGGUUAAGUUUCGUGUUUUUGUGAGAGAGAUUUUAAAAUGGUUAUGUGCUUUGCUCCUGACUGCAACCACUAUAGUGAGAGGAAAACAUGUUCCUUCUUUCGUUUCCCAAAAGAUCCAACUUUACACCGAAAAUGGGUUUCACUAAUCAGACGGGAGGACAGAAGUCCGACACAAUGGUCACUGAUUUGUUCAUGCCAUUUUAUAAAUGGUGACAAAAACAAUUUGCCAAGCUUAUUCAAGCACAACGAGAAAAAGCUCUUCACGUUUCAGUCUCCAGAAAGAAAAAAGAGAAGAAAUCUCUCCGAAACCAAGGAAUCUCAACAAGGAAGUGGAGAAGUAGAAGUUACAUCCUCUAUAACAGAGGAUACUAAUAAGGAUAAUGAUAAUUCAACGGUAUGUGAGGAACUGGUUUCAGUCACUGAAACGGGUGAUCGGAAUGAGGAAUAUUUUACUGAUAGUUCACCAGUAUGUGUUGACCCUUCCUUACCAGGGCCAUCUAAUGCAGGUGCAAGUGUUUCUACUGAGACCCAGCAAGGAAAAAUGCCAACAUUUUCAGGACUGCAAGAAGCAGAACUGUAUUUUUUGAAAAAGGAAAAUGAAACACUUAAGAGACAACUGCAGAAUCUCUCAAACAGGUUUUCUUUUGAAGUUAUAAAGGAUGAUAACAAACUUGUGAAUAUGUACACUGGAUUGCCUACAGUGUAUAUAUUUGAUUGUCUGUAUGAUUUGUUCGACAAUUUGACGUUGAAUUAUACCCAAGGGUGGACAGUAGGCAUCAUACCAAAAAAAGAUCAGCUACUAUUAACUUUAAUGAAACUGAGAUUAAACUUACUCCAUAAUGAUUUGGCCUGUAGGUUUAAUUGCAGCCAAGCAACUGUUUCAAAUAUAAUAACAACAUGGGUUUAUGCUCUCCAUGAAAUAAUAUUUCUACAACUAAUGGGCAGUAUACCUUCCAGAAUCAAGAACAAGCAGUGUAUGCCAGCGUGUUUCAGUACAUUUACUAAUUGUCGGAUUGUACUAGACUGCACUGAAGUCAAGUGCAUAAAGCCUUCUUCCUUAGAGAAGCAAAAGUCCACAUACAGUUCUUAUAAACAUCAAAACACUGUAAAGGGUUUAGUUGGUGUUGCUCCAAAUGGUGUGAUAACCUUUGUAAGUGACUUAUAUGCAGGAUCGACGUCAGAUAAAAAGAUCGUAGAAGAUUGUGCAAUUUUUAAAAAAAUGGUGGCUGGUGAUCUUAUUUUAGCUGAUAAGGGCUUCUUAAUAGUCGAUAUUUUGCCAGAUGGAGUCAGCCUAAACAUACCACCAUUUUUAACAAAUGCACAAUUUACCCCAGAACAAAUCAUACAGACAAGGACUAUAGCCAGAGCCAGAAUCCAUGUUGAAAGGGCUAUACAGCGAAUUAAGUGUUUUUCCAUAUUGGACUCAAUUCCUCAGACCUUGAUGCCAUAUUCAUCAGAAAUAUUUCAAGUUUGUGCUGCACUAACUAAUUUGCAAUUUCCUUUAAUUGCCCAAGUAGGAGAAUUAUAUAAAAUUGAUUAAAAAAAAUUUAUUGAUUGACAUUUCGCAAUUUUUUAACAUAAUUUCAUGGGCUCCUAAUAAAUAUUUAUUUCUAUUAUUGUUGCCUUUUUUUAAUAAAUUUCAAUAUUUUCUUUCGAUUUUAUAUGGUAAAAACUACGAAGUACCCACUUUUCAUUUAAGUGAACUUCGAUUUACGAUCAGUGUAGGAAAUCCCAUACCUUUAGCAUUGUUGUCAUCGAACAAUUUGACAAUAGACCAGCUGUAAGCAUAUCACAGAAAUGCCAACUUGAUGAAACAUGUACACCACAGGAAUAAUAAUUGAAAUAAUUUUUUUAAGUAGUAUUUAUUGGUUCACAUAUUUUUCCCCUAAUAUGAACGGAACAUAGUGCUCCAAAUAAAAUUUUUUUUAAAUUAUCAAAUUUUCUUUGAAAUCCUCUGCAACAAUCACCACAAGUAUUGACUCCUUCGGUGUCCAUAUGACAAGAUGUGCCUUCUUUCUUCCGGUGAUAGCCAGCUGUCCUUGAAUUUGAAUAAAGUACUCAUGACUUCUAUUUAUCACUACAUUUCCAUCUCCA